AUGAAAAUGCAUCUCAUCACACUUAUGGUGCCGUUACUGGCAUCAAUCCAGACCGUCCAUGCUAUACCACUCGAAACACCUGCUCCAACUUCGCUAUCCAUUUCAACAUCGCUGCUCAAGACUUCUAUACCAACUAUAUCUCCUAAUACUUUGGCCCGGCGAGACACCACUUCCUCUGCGUCUACAACCCAGAUGGAUUCCUCUCCCAUCCAAACCCUAGAAGCAACCGAUUCAUGCACACCAACUAUCGCCCCCGACAAAAAUGGUUACGUUCCUCCAACAGAGUGUAACGCUCUGUACAACUAUUACCCGUCUUUUGCCACUGCAGUGGCUUUCAGCGUAUUGUUCGGAAUUAUCCUGGUGACACACAUUGUGCAAAUGUUUGUGUAUAAGACUGGAUUUGUUUGGGUUAUCGUCAUGGGUAUUGCCUGGGAGUUUGGUGGAUAUUUGGUGCGCGCUUUUAGCACAAAGCAUCAGCAGAGUGAGGGUAUGGUCACUGUAUCGCAGAUUUUGAUUUUAUUGGCGCCGUUAUGGGUUAACGCAUUCGAUUACAUGAUCCUCGCACGAAUGAUAUGGUUCUUCAUCCCCGAGAAACGCAUCUGGUUCUUCAAACCUUCUCUUCUAGCAACAAUAUUCGUCUGUCUCGAUUUCGGCUCUUUUGUCGUUCAAGCUAUUGGCGGCAUGAUGGCGACUCCCGGAGCCGGUGCAUCUACAAUCCAGACUGGUCUGCAUAUAUACAUGGGCGGAAUUGGUGUACAGCAAUUUUUCAUUUGCUGCUUUUUGGUGUUGGCGGUUCAGUUUCAUCGGGAGAUGCAUCAUUUGGAGCGGCUAGGUGUUUUGUCCGGUGAGAAGAGGAGGUGGAAGGGAUUGCUGUAUAGUCUGUAUUUCAGUCUGAUUGCUAUCACUGUGCGGAUUAUUUAUCGGUUGAUUGAGUUCACGUCCGGGGUUGGGCUCAAUAAUCCAGUCACCACGCAUGAAUGGUUCAUGUAUGCAUUUGAUGCAUUCCCCAUGUUGCUCGCUGGGGGUGUAUGGUGUGCCCUCUACCCGGGGAAGAUUUUGACAGGACCAGAUGCAAAGUUACCGUCCAGUGGACUAGGACGAAUUCUGUGCUGCGGUUAUUGUUGUUGUUGCUGCUGUCGAAGAGGACGGAAGAAGAAGGUGGCUGUUUCGCGGGGUAGUGAGCGUCAGGAGUUGGAGGAAUUGAGACUGGAGGAAUAUCAUUGGGUUAAUCGGGAGUCUUAUACAAGUGCCUCGUCGAAUUGGGAGCCAAAUAAGAAUAUGGCGUAUGAGCCGUAUCGAUCGCAGGGUUUAUGA